AUGAUUAUAUUAUGGUGCAAUAUUCGAUGGUUGUUUUUACUGUUUAUACUCGGACAAUUUAAUGGACAAUAUGUAAAAGCAACUUGGCCUUUAUUAAACUCUUCCACCAUACAACUACUAGGGAUUUUUUCAGAUGAAGUAAAUGCAUCUCAGCCUUUCGAAAUUGCUAUUCAUUCUCGUGCUAUGUUCAAAGCAGCAGUCAUACUUUCUCAACAAUAUAAUAUAGCGAUUGAAGGACAAUUCAUAGGAUGGAAUGUUGCACAAACUGGUGGUAAAGUAAUAAAUGCUAUGAGUAGUACAUGUCAAGCGGCAUCUACUUCUAACAUUGUUGGUAUUGUGGGUCCAGUAUAUUCCAGAGAAAGCCCUAUUGUUGCUGGUUUUGGAGAACGAGUCGGUAUUCCUGUUAUAUCCUAUGCUGCAACAGAUCCUGAUUUAUCUGAUCGAAAUGCUUAUCCUGCCUUUUAUCGUACGGUUCCUUCAGAUACUGCGGCUGCAUCAGCAAUUGUGAAAUUGUUUAUGCGAUUUAAUUGGACUUCAUGCACAAUUAUUUAUCAAAAUGAUGCAUAUGGAUCUGGUGGUGCAAAAGUACUGACUGAAUCAUUUAUUAAUAAUGAUUUGAUAGUUGCAGAUACUUUAGUAUUUGAUAUAGCAACACUUCGCAUGCGAGAUAAUUUGAAAAAUGUUUUAACUAGUAGCUCAACACGAAUUGUUGUAUUAUGGGCUGGGUCAACUUAUACACCUUUAAUUUUACAAAAUGCACUUGAUUCUGAUGUACUUGGUCCACAAUUCACAUGGAUAUUAACUUCAAGUUUUUCAUUAAACUCUUUUAAUGAAACAUUUAAUCAAAAAUUAAUUGGAAUACUAACUGUUGAACCUAUACCAGGAAAUAUUGUUGAUGCACCAAUUAAUACAACAUUAUUAAAUGCAGCCUAUAAUAUUUGGAAACAAUAUGAACCUGAAACGUUUCCUAACUCAGGAAAAGUAAAUUAUUUUGCAUUAUUUGCAUUUGAUGCAACUUGGUUAUUGAUUCAAGCAUUACAAGAACUUUGUUCAAAAAUUACUAAUAGAUCUUCGUCAUGUAUAUCAUUUAUCAAUUCUUCAUUCUGUUUUGAUCGUCAUUUUCUCAAUUCCAAAUCAUUUUUCAAAACAAUUAAUAAUAUGACACUUCUUGGUGUUUCUGGUCCCAUACAAUUCAAUGCUAAUGUAACAGAUCGAAUAGAUGGUAGUUUUUAUUAUGUACAAAACUCUCGAAAUUUUUCAAAUAAACUAAAUUUUGUACCAGUAUUGAAAUAUUCUAAUCAUGAUGGUUGGCAAGAGAAUGCAGCAGGAGAUGUAAUUAUCUGGUCAGAUAAUUCGUUAAUACCUCCUACUGGUGGUGCAAAACUUGAAGGUGUUAAAUUACGAAUUGGUGUAAUUGAAUCAAUUCCAUUUACAAUGAUUAGUACUGUAACAAAUGAAUUUGGACAGAAUAUAACAAGGUUAGUUGGUUAUAUACCUGAUUUUAUUGAUCUUUUACAAAAUAAGAUGAAAUUUAUUCCAAAUAUUGAAUUAAUACCAUCGAAUCGAACCUAUGCUUCAUUAGGACAACUAGUACAAGAUCGUGUUUAUGAUAUAAUAGUAGGUGAUGUGACAGUUACUGCUACAAGAAGAGAAAAAAUUGGUUUUUCAAAUUCAUUAUUUGAUAAUUCUUUACAUAUUAUUAUGCGAAAAGCUCCCGACAUUGAUUUUGAUCUCUUUGCAUUCAUGAAACCAUUCUCAUUAAAGCUCUGGUUGUUGAUCUGUGGUAGUAUGAUUUUAGUGAGUAUUUUAAUCUGUCUAGUAGAGAGAGAAAAUAAUAGGUUACCAAGGGGAAUGCGAAAAAUUGAUUCAUGUGCAAUUAGUUUUUGGUAUGCUUUUGGCAAUCUUAUAGGAUAUGCUGCAGGUCCUUUUCAUGCUAAAACACCUGCUGGACGUUUAUUAACUGCUGGUUUAUAUAUCUUAUGUCUAGUAUUGACUGCAUCAUAUACUGCAAACUUAGCAUCGGACCUAACGUUAUCAAAAUCAAAGAAUUUUAUUUCUGGAAUUGAUGACAUUAAAAAUGGAAAAAUACCAUUCAAUCGUAUUGGUAUUCGAGUAGGUACAGCUAUGGAAGAAUAUUAUUUAAGAGAAAUCUCUGGUGGUAAUCGAAAUUAUUAUCCAUUUAAAUCUCUACAAGAAAUAUAUGACAGUUUAUUAAAUAAUAUAAUUGACGCAUCUUUACUUGAUGCGGGUGCUGCAGAAUAUAUAACGAAUAAUAUCUAUUGUAAUUUGGCAUUGAUUGGUGAAGAUUUUGAUAAAGGUGCAUUUGGUAUUAUAACACCUAAACAAUGGUUAUAUGGACAAGAUUUAGAUGUUAAUAUUUUGUCAUUAAGAGAAACAGGUAAUCUUGAUAAUUUAAGAAGAAAAUGGUUUCAAGUAAAGAAAUGUUCUGAUUCAUCAUCAACAUCUACUGCUAUUGAAAUUGAAUCAUUGGUUGGAUUAUUUUUAAUCUUUGGAAUAAUCUGUAUUCUAUCAUUAUUAUUAUUUGCAUGGAAGAAACGAAAUCAACCAGCCAGAAUUGCUGAACAAGCUCAGAACGAUGAAGUACCGUUAUGUGGUUCAAAUACAUAUGUCUAUGCUCCAAAAGAUGAUGCAAAACAUCGAUCUCGUUGGAGAGAUUUAUAUACAAAUGAAGAAUCAAAUGAAUUAACACAAUUAAUUAAUUUAGCCAAGCAAAAUGGAAUAAAUUUUAUUUAUGCAUUAUCACCUGGUUUAGAUAUUUGUUAUUCAUCUCAAAAAAGAUUUAUCAGCAUUAAAAAGAAAAUUUAA